GUAUUCAUACCAAGGGCUUAGACCUCUAACCUACCCGCCAAAUAUAUCUCCUACUCAACGUAAUCCCAGGGUCAGGGCUAUCAUGACAUCUACGCCCAUUCCCCUUCCAACGCAGGGAGCCCUCACCGAGGCCCAAUCUGUCGAAGCCAAACGCACGCGCAUUAUCCUUGUCGGGCUCGGUGGUGCGACUUGUUCGGGAAAGACAACGCUGGCGAAGCAUCUCAGGAGUAUAUUGCCCGAUAGCUUCAUCAUUCAUCAGGACGACUUUGCACCACACUCCUCAACUCUUCCAAUCCACCCAACUCUCGGCCAAGACUGGGACUCCGCACCAACCGCAAUAGACUAUCCCCGCUUGCGCUCCUUCCUCGCCACAGUUAAACUCACAGCAUCCGUACCCGCAGACCACAAGUCCCACGAUCAUCUCAAUGAGCAGAAACAGUUCGAAGUGAGCGGAGAGAUGAGGCAGAAGUGGAAGAAAUUGUUUGCAGAGCUACAUGAGAAGGUUGCAAAGAGCAGUGGGGACAAAGGUGUGGGAGAGAAGGUCGUGUGGGGCUUGGUGGAUGGGUUUCUGCUCUACUGGGAUGACGAAGUCGCUGCGUCAUUAGACGCAAAGUUCUUCCUUCGUGUUCCUUACGCUGCGCUGAAGACACGGAGAGAGAACCGUUCGGGGUACUACACCGCAGAAAACACAUUCUGGAAGGACCCGCCUGGCUAUUUCGACGAAUUGGUUUACCCAGCCUAUGUCGAUGCCCAUAAGAAGAUAUUCGAGAACGGAGACGUGGAACACGGGAAAGCCAUCAUGCCGGGUCUACAGCUCAUCGAACCACUAGGCCGCGACAUGGGAGACAUAGUAGAAGAAUGUUGCCGUUCCCUGGUGGGACUGUUGGAGAGCGUCGCUCCUCAACCCGACGUCGCUUCAUAACAGAUCUACAGCAUGGGAAGACUCCGGGAUCGAAGCUGUACUUAGAUGAGUAGAUGAAUUCAUUAGACGGAACCUGGCCCAUCUGCAUCCAGAGAAGAAUGGAGGGCCAAGGACGAUGACGUGUACUAUUAGAAGUU